ACGCUAAAAUACAUUGAUAACAACUAGAAACGCGUAGUUACUGUGAAUGAUGUUAGAAAGAACCCACAAGGAUUAUGACUUACAUCCGACAUGUUAUCCAUACUCGUCACACAAAUGGGUUGAUGAACUCAUUACUGCUUCUACAGAGUUAGCGAAAAAACUCAAAAAGAAAAACAAAGAAGAGAGGUUGCCAUGUUUGAAUUUAGGAGCAACCGGCGAUAAGCAAGAUAAAAAGAGGUGCUCAAAAAUUUCAACAUGGAACACGGAGAACCGCUUUCGCUUCAAAGUUUUAGACAUGUCGCAACGGCCUAUUGAAAGACCGCCAUUUAUAGUUACAACUCUGGAUUCUAGGAAACACAAUCCUCAAUCUAAACAGAUAUUUCAUAUACACAGAAUAAACGCUAAGCCCGUUUGCAAGGUGCAUACCUGGGUAGAAGAUAAAAUGGAUGUAAAUGAAGAUGGCAUAAAAACCACUUACAAAUCGUCUUACAAGCUAAAACCCCCGUCCGCGGACAGACAACCUCCGAUAAAGUCAAAAGACAAAGAAACAAUGGCGCAUGGCAUUGUUCCGUUUGAUCAACCUGCUGAUUCUUGCAAUGUUAGAGAGGAGAUGUUACUCCCUAUCUGCGAAACUACCAACAUUCCAUCUGCACCCCAUCCACACAAAUACCUGCUAAGAAAGAAGAAAACACAACCUUGCUUCGAUGAGGCCGGGGUGUUCUAUGACCCAGAAGAUGGCCAUUCUCUCCCUGAAUUUCCAUAUAAAGAAAUGAGGCUCCAUAGAGAGUCUACAAUGCCGGACAAAGUGUGUAUUUCCAGUUUACAAGGAAUGGAAUUCUCCAGAAAAAGAUACAUUCCGCCUCCGUGUGGAUCAUUCUCAGUUGCAUAUUUUGAUAAUAGACCAGCCUCUAGUAAAGGAAGCGGAUUCAAUGACAAAUACAUUCCAUUUCUGCGUGUUAAAACAAUCAUUUAGAUAUUUAGACAAUGGUUUAAUGAAAUGGUAUAACACGACUCACCGGGUGAGAGUGUUGAUUUGUAAAACAUUGAUAGCAUACUACAGCUUUUGAUGAGGUAGUCUAUGUUGGUUUUUAAACUAGCAAAACUUUCACUGUAAUGAACUACCGCAAUGUAAAUGUAUAUUGUUAGUCGGUGAUACCGAUGGUUUUGUUUUCCACAAUUUUGUUCACUAUCGUCUUGGUUAGAAAAUGGUUGCAUAUUAAAUAUUAAAUAUUAA